UGGCUCGCAGUGGAUCCGAACGAAACGUUUCCUUACCUGUUGUUGUUUUGUUUCUGUCGAAAUAUUUUAAGAAAGCUUGGUAACUUUGGGAUUAACCUGCCAUCAAAAUGGCUUCCACUGCGGCAGGCAAACAGCGGAUACCGAAAGUGGCGAAGGUGAAAAAUAAAGCUCCUGCAGAAGUUCAGAUCACAGCUGAGCAGCUGCUGAGAGAAGCCAAAGAGAGGGAGCUUGAACUUCUGCCGCCACCACCGAAACAGAAGAUCACUGAUGAGGAGGAGCUGAACGAUUACAAACUUAAGAAGAGGAAGGGGUUUGAGGACAACAUCAGAAAGAAUCGCACUGUCAUCAGUAACUGGAUAAAAUACGCACAAUGGGAAGAAAGCCUGAAGGAGAUCCAGAGGGCUCGUUCUAUAUACGAGCGUGCACUGGACGUCGAUCACCGCAACAUCACUCUGUGGCUGAAGUAUGCCGAGAUGGAGAUGAAGAGCCGCCAGGUGAACCAUGCCCGCAACAUCUGGGACAGAGCCAUCACCAUCCUCCCACGAGUCAACCAGUUCUGGUACAAGUACACCUACAUGGAGGAGAUGCUGGGGAACGUCGCCGGCUGCCGGCAGGUGUUUGAGCGCUGGAUGGAGUGGGAGCCUGAUGAGCAGGCCUGGCACUCCUACAUCAACUUUGAGCUGCGCUACAAGGAAGUGGACAAAGCCCGCACCAUUUACGAGCGAUUCGUCAUGGUUCACCCUGAAGUGAAGAACUGGAUCAAGUAUGCUCGUUUUGAAGAGAAGCAUGGCUACAUCGCUCACAGCAGAAAGGUGUACGAGAGGGCGGUGGAGUUCUUCGGAGAGGAACACGUAGAAGAAAACCUCUUUGUGGCCUUUGCUAAGUUUGAGGAGACGCAGAAAGAGUUUGAACGCGUUCGGGUGAUCUAUAAGUAUGCUUUGGACAGAAUCCCUAAACACCAGGCACAGGAGCUCUUCAAGUACUACACCAUGUUCGAGAAGAAGUUUGGGGACCGGAGGGGAAUUGAGGACGUCAUCGUCAGCAAACGAAGGUUCCAGUAUGAGGAGGAAGUCAAGGCGAACCCGCACAACUACGACGCGUGGUUUGAUUACCUCCGCCUGGUGGAGAACGACGCCGACCCCGACACAGUGAGAGAGGUUUAUGAGAGAGCCAUCGCCAACAUACCCCCCAUCCAGGAGAAGAGACACUGGAAGCGAUACAUCUACCUGUGGAUCAACUACGCUUUGUAUGAAGAGCUGGAGGUCAAGGAUCCUGAGAGAACAAGGCAGGUGUACCAAGCCUGUCUGGACCUCAUGCCACAUAAAAAGUUCACAUUUGCUAAGAUUUGGCUGCUCUGUGCUCAGUUUGAGAUCCGGCAGAAGAACCUGCAGGGAGCCAGAAGGAUCAUGGGUACAGCCAUCGGUAAAUGCCCGAAGAACAAACUGCUGAAGGGCUACAUCGAGCUGGAGCUGCAGCUGCGUGAGUUCGACCGCUGCAGGAAGCUGUACGAGAAAUACCUGGAGUUCAGCCCGGAGAACUGCACCACCUGGAUCAAGUUCGCCGAGCUGGAGACGAUCCUGGGAGACACGGACAGAGCCCGCGGCAUCUUCGAGCUCGCCAUCGGACAGCCACGACUGGACAUGCCGGAGGUGCUGUGGAAGUCCUACAUUGACUUUGAGAUUGAGCAGGAGGAGUUUGGAAACACCAGAAACCUUUACAAAAGGCUGCUGCAGCGCACUCAGCACGUCAAGGUUUGGAUCAGCUACGCCAAGUUCGAGCUGUCCAUCGACAGCCCCGACAGGCUGCAGAAGUGCCGGCAGAUCUUCGAGGAGGCCAACAAGAGCCUGAGGAGCUGCGAGGAGAAGGAGGAGCGGCUGAUGCUGCUCGAGUCCUGGAGCGACUUUGAGAAGGAGUUCGGCUCCGACAGCACGAUGGAGAGAGUCAGGAAGCUGCUGCCAGAGAAGGUGAAGAAGAGGAGGAAGCUGACGGCCGAGGACGGGUCGGAUGCAGGUUGGGAGGAGUACUACGACUACAUCUUCCCAGAGGAUGCUGCCAACCAGCCCAACCUCAAACUGCUGGCCAUGGCAAAGAUGUGGAAGAGGCAGCAGGUAGUGGACAAGGAGGUUCCAGAAGUCGAAGAGACGACACCGCUGUCCUCCGACCCUGCAGCCCCUCCUGAAAAACUGCCUGAAAACGACUCCGAGGGAAACACGGCGGCCGAAGCAGAACAGAAGACGUACGACGAUCGAGACGAUGAAGACAGUAGCAGUAGCAGUAGCAGCAGCAGCAGCAGCAGCAGCAGCAGCAGCAGCGAGAGUGACAGUAAUGACGAAGAUGAUGGAGAGAAGGAGGCAAAAGAAAGCAGGAGCGGAGAUGACGAAAAAGAUUAGAUUCACGUUUUGCAGGAAAGUUUCCCCGCUGAGGAACACGAGGGGAGCGACGUUCAUCGUGGACUUAAUUUUCUACUGAUACUUUUCUAACAAAAACAAAAGCAUCUCAUGAGCAGUCUUUAUUGUACGACCAUGUUUUCUUUGUCACUAUGCCAUUAUACGUACAUCAAUUCAAACUCGCCUGUUGUCUUAUUUCUCAGUGAAAUGUUAAUUUAGAAUUUACAGGAUAGGAAACUGGAAUUUGUACAAUCGGUGGCUCUCUGACUAAUCACUGAGAGACGGUAAGAAGCCUCUGACAGUUUAAUUAUGUACAAUGUAACUGAGCAGGACCUGUAGUUGCGUAGAAUUCACAUGUGAUUAUCAGGAUGCAGAGAGCCACAGUCUACUGUUAUUCAAUGUCUUCUGGUCGGACAGGAUGUGGCAGCGGGAUGAUCGACUUCUUCUCUGUGUCUCUGGACAGAGCUUUCCUCAUAUCUGCAGGAAGAAGAAACAGAAAUGGUUUUAAAACCAGUCUCAGCUAUUGGAGGAACAGCGCCCUCUGCUGCCCAGUGUUGUAAAGACAGGCAGCACAGAGUUUGUUUAUAGUGUGACACAUGAAAGUCAUUAAAAGGGUCAGUUCAUCAAAUACAGUAAAAUAUUAAUGUGCCUCCAGCAGUAUGGAUCCAUGCUUUGUCAGGUUUUCUGAAACUUCUGCUGAAGCCCAAAUACAGUGAAGGUGAAGAAAAUGUCUGUGCUGCGCAAAGCUCUGAAAAUUAAAAAGAAACCUCAACAGCAAAUUUGCCUUUGCAGAAAAAUGACCGUUAUAAUCCAGAGAAUGAUGUCAACAGUUUUAUGUGUCAAGUAGCACAAACAAUUCCAUUGACCUCCAUCGUAUUAAGUCAGCAGAAAUCUAAGACUGACACCUUGAAACCUCUGCAAAUAAAUAUGCCACAAAAGGGAAGUGAGAAAUGUUUUUAAUGAUUUGAGUGAACUAACC